GUGGCUUUUGAGAUUCAUCUGUCAAGGUAUGUAUUCAUUUUCCUCAGUUCCUGAAUAUCCCACUUAGCCACAACCAAAUCCACUGGAUCCGUCUACAGUUCUAUUCCUGUUUUUAUUUCAUGUAAGGAGAUAGAAAACAGUGAUGGAGAAUCCACUAUGAGUGCAUGACAUGCUUGCUGGGAGUUUGAUUCGAUUUUUUUUUUUUUUUUUAUCUGGGUGUUGCCCUUUGUCAGUAAAUCAUGUACAAAAUGCAAGCUUUAAGCCUCUGCUCAUCAAAAGGUGGCUCUUUUAUGGUGCCUCAAUUGGAUUUCGAGCUGCGUUCUUCUAGUUUAGCAUCCACCAGACCCGGCAGGAGAAAGGAAUGUGAUUUCCUUGGUAAUGUUUGUAAGGUUAGAAGUUGUGGUUUCUUAUUAGGUUCAAGAUAUUCCAGGAGUAGUUCCCGUGGGCUCUAUUAUAGCAUCCCAAGAUUUCAUUUGAGAAGUGGGUUUCCCUCCAGGUACUCCAAAAUGAAGUUGGUUCUCUUGUUUAAACCUCUUAAAGGUUCGUCUGGCAGUCUUUUUGAGUUAGCAUGUUCAGUAGAUGAACUUCUUAGCAUAGAAGAGUCUAGUUCAUUCAAUGAGUUUUCAGGGAAUAUGAAUAAUCAUACUUUAAAAAUAGUGAAUGAUGAUAAGCUUUGUGACCAUGAAGAGGAAAAUGAAAGUUUAGAUACUAAUAGUGGAGGAGUAACUGGAGAGGAGGAGAGUGCAAGGAUUGAUGUCCGUGCCUUGGCAUGUAGUUUAAAGUUUGCUAAAACAGUUGAUGACAUAGAAGAGGUUCUCAAUGACAAAGAUGAAUUGCCUCCUCAAGUGUACUCAGCCAUUAUUAGGGGUUUUGGAAGGGAUAAGUGCAUGGAUGCUGCAAUGGCUCUGGUUGAGUGGCUCAAGAGGAAGAAGGAAACUGGUGGCGUUAUUGGCCCAAACCUUUUCAUAUAUAAUAGUCUAUUGGGGGCAGUGAAACAUUCUCAGCAGUUUGGAGAAAUGGAGAAAAUUUUGAAUGAUAUGGCUGAGGAGGGGAUCGUACCAAAUGUUGUAACAUAUAACUCUUUGAUGGCCAUUUUUGUAGAGCAAGGCAAAGUUGACAAGGCACUUAAUGUGCUCGAAGAAAUCAAAGGAAAGGGCUUUACUCCAACUCCAGUAUCCUAUUCUACUGCCUUGCUGGCGUAUCGAAGAAUGGAAGAUGGUAAUGGAGCUCUGAAGUUCUUUGUUGAGUUCAGAGAAAAAUAUACAAAGGGAGAAAUAGGAAAAGAUGACAUCUGGGAAGAAGAGUUUGUUAAGUUUCAGAACUUCACAGUUCGUAUUUGCCACCAAGUUAUGCGGCGAUGGCUUGUGAAGGAAGGAAACUUGAGCACCAAUGUGUUAAAACUUUUGAAAGAUAUGGAUACCACUGCUCUUAAACUUAGCAGGGAAGACCAUGAGCGCCUUGUGUGGGCUUGUACCCGUGAAGAGCAUUAUGUUGUUGCAAAAGAACUGUAUAGUAGGAUUAGAGAGAGGCAUUCUGAAAUAAGUUUAUCUGUGUGCAACCAUUUGAUUUGGCUGAUGGGGAAGGCUAAGAAGUGGUGGGCAGCUCUGGAGAUUUAUGAGGAUUUGCUGGACAAGGGACCGAAGCCUAAUAACUUGUCAUAUGAAUUGAUUGUUUCCCACUUUAAAAUAUUACUUACUGCUGCUAGAAAAAGAGGGAUUUGGAGAUGGGGGGUUAGGUUGCUCAAUAAGAUGGAAGAGAAAGGUCUUAAACCUGGAAGUAAGGAGUGGAAUGCAGUCCUUGUUGCCUGUUCCAAGGCUUCUGAAACUACUGCUGCUAUCCAGAUAUUUAGAAGAAUGGUGGAGCAAGGGGAAAGGCCCACAAUUAUCUCAUAUGGAGCAUUACUUAGUGCCCUUGAAAAGGGUAAACUCUAUGAUGAAGCCCUUAGAGUGUGGGAUCAUAUGAUCAAGGUGGGUGUUGAGCCAAAUGUGUAUGCCUACACAAUUAUGGCUUCAGUUUUCACUGGAAAAGGAAAUUUUAAAAUGGUUGAUGCAGUCUUCAAAGAGAUGGCGGCAUCUGGUAUUGAACCAACAGUUGUCACAUACAAUGCAAUCAUCAGUGGCUGUGCACAAAAUGGUAUGAGCAGUGCAGCAUAUGAAUGGUUUCACCGCAUGAAGGUUAAGAACAUCUCGCCCAAUGAGAUCACCUAUGAGAUGCUGAUAAAGGCUCUUGCCAAGGAUGGUAAACCCAGGCUUGCUUAUGAGUUGUAUCUGAGAGCUCGUAAUGAGGCACUUGACCUCUCUUCAAAGGCUUAUGAUGCUGUUGUUCGGUCAUCUCAAGUUUUUGGAGCAACUAUUGAUUUUGGUGUUUUGGGGCCUCGACCAGCAGACAAGAGGAAGAAAGUGCAAAUCAGAAAGACAUUGACUGAAUUCUGUAACCUGGCUGAUGUUCCCCGUAGAAGUAAACCAUUUGAUAGAAAGGAAAUAUAUGUCCCACAAACCAAAGAGAACCAGUAAGAAUUCAACUGGUAGGUUUUAAGACUGAAAUUUUUACUACAUUUUAUUGUCCAUUUGAGUCUUUGACUUUUUAAGUAGGCCAGAAUGAAAACCAUAAUUUAUGGUUCCAGUUUUAUUUCCUUGGUCUAUCCUAUACUGCGUGUGCAUUGCAAAACCAUCAAAGUGAAUGCAGAUUUUUACUUUAUAAUAAGCAUUGCCUGAGACU